UGCAAUUUGACAGUGGUGAAGAUGAGUGGUACCGCUGUGGUGUCUAAUUGCAAUUCCUUUAAAAUGUCAACUUUGCCAUUACUAUUUGGGCGGCUGCGAGUGAUGUGCGAUGGGCUACGACGUCACCAGGUUUCAAGGGGAGGUGGAUGAGGACCUGCUGUGUCCAAUCUGCAGCGGCGUGCUGGAGGAGCCGGUUCAGGCCCCCCACUGCGAGCAUGCCUUCUGUAACGCCUGCAUCACCCAGUGGUUCGCCCAGCAGCAGAUCUGCCCCGUGGACCGCACGGUGGUGACGCUGGCGCACCUGCGGCCGGUGCCGCGCAUCAUGCGGAACAUGCUCUCCAAGCUGCAGAUCACCUGCGACAACGCCACCUUCGGUUGCCAGGCAACGCUGCGCCUGGACCAGCUGCAGUCGCACCUGAAGGACUGCGAGCACAACCCCAAGAGGCCGGUCACCUGCGAAGCAGGCUGCGGGCUGGAGAUGCCCAAAGAUGAGAUGUCAGGCCACAACUGUAUCCGACACCUGCGUAGCGUGGUGCAGCAGCAGCAGAGCAAGAUCUCGGAGCUGGAGAAGACGGCAGCAGAACACAAACACCAGCUGGCUGAGCAGAAGCGAGAUAUCCAACUCCUGAAGGCGUACAUGAGGGCCAUUCGGAGUGCAAAUCCUAAUAUGCAGAAUCUGGAGGAGAGCAUCGAGUACAAUGAGAUCUUGGAGUGGGUGAACUCGUUGCAGCCGGCGCGCGUGACCCGCUGGGGCGGCAUGAUCUCGACGCCGGACGCCGUGCUGCAGGCCGUCAUCAAGCGCUCGCUCAUCGACAGUGGCUGCCCGCUCUCCAUCGUCAACGACCUGAUCGAGAACGCCCACGAGCGCAACUGGCCGCAGGGCCUGGCCACGCUGGAGACGCGGCAGAUGAACCGGCGCUACUACGAGAACUACGUGGCGAAGCGCAUCCCGGGCAAGCAGGCGGUGGUGGUCAUGGCCUGUGAGAACCAGCACAUGGGGGAGGACAUGAUCCUGGAACCGGGACUCGUCAUGAUCUUCGCCCACGGAGUCGAGGAGAUUUUAUAGUAGUCUCCACUUGAACUGAACUCAUUGAAGGCGGAUGGGAUGGGAUGGGGAGGAUGAGGAGAUUUUAUAGUCUCCACUGAACUCAUUGAUCCUGUCUUGGGGAGGGUGGGCUAGCCUGGUGACCAGCCAUACUUCUCCUUAUUCAUUCGUUUUCAAGGUCUGGAGGUUCUUUUCUGGGAAGGGUUUAGUCGGCCACCAGGUGGCUGGCCAAUAAGCGAACGAUUGGGUGAGAGCUGUCCAAUCGUUUCAAACCAGACCUGAGUGCAGUCCUCCCACCCUUCCAAUCGCGUCAGGUCAAAGAACCUCCCGGACCAUGAAUAUGAAUAAAGAGAAGUAUUAUGGGCGGGUCAUACCAGGCUAGCGCGGAACUGAGGUAGUAUUUUUCUUUUUGUUUUCUUUCAUCAGUUGUAAUGGCAUGGUUCCAUUUGUUUUUAAGUGCACCAUUUUUUUUUUUUUUAAGAAAUGUUUUAUUCAGCGUUGUCUUCUUUGGUUCCUCUCUGAAUUGGCCUGGAGGUUUGGACAUGGAGGACACAUGGCAGCCACCUCCUAUGAGCUUUGUAAGCUCUGAGAGGGCACAUCCUCUUACAUUUUUUUUGCCUUACGUGAACUUUCUGAAGACCCCAGACGUCUAUUCCAUUGCCUGUAGAAGUAUUCGGGUUCAGGACUGGUUCUGUUUCUCACCGUUCUGCUCCACAGGCCUGCCCCAUCACAGUCAAUGCUGUCCACAGAGGCACACAAGGAGUCCCAUCCCCCCACCAUCCCCCCCACCCAGAUUUUUAUCAGAAGUGCCGCAGGAUUUAGAAACUCCACAUGCUUUGAAAUCCUAGUGGUCUUUACAUUUGUCUAAAAUGUACAAUGUUCAGAAGAGCCAUGUUCGGGUGUGAAAAAAAAGAAAAUCAAUCAAGCAGAUCGGUGCUGAUGCCAGUUCCCGCAGCAUGUUUGUUUGGAACUUACCAGCGAACCUCCCACACAUAUCAGGCUCUGAACCAUUCUUUAUGUCACCCCUUGUCACCCAGAUGAACCUGCUGACGUCUACGCGGUCUUCACGGUUUGACGGGAAAAACCAGGGAAAGUAUUUUUCGCUUCCCGCACGCUCAAAAUUGCGGCAUGAACUUGCGGGCCAGUUCAUUCAACAUUAGGUGCGGGAAAGGGCACUGGCACGGUCGGCCUAAAUGCGCCUUUAGAGUUACUGUACCCUAAACCAUUUUUGACUGGUGUCAAUGGUAGUAGAAGUGGUAUGGUAGCUGCCUUGGUCGUGUACAGUUUGCAAUGUACCACAAGAUGAUUGUCAAUGACUGUACCGAUGCGCACAUGAUGAAAGCUACUCUGAUAGUGUUACAGAGUGAUGUUUGCUUCUAAUGAAAGCUGGGCACCGGCUUACAUCCCCAUCUCACCAACUGAAGUGCACAUAUUCAAUGCCUGUGCCUCCCAACGUCCCUAGUCUUUGGAUACAAGUCAGACUGGUACCUUCCCUCCUUUCAGCUGGCCUCCAACCUUUUGACUGUGUGCUGCCUCUCCUGUGCGUAGAAAUCAACAAGGUUUCCCCAAUGUCAAGUGCAGGCACUUUUCCCCCAUUUCAAAAGGCUGAUUACAAAUGACUGGAACCUUUUAAAAUGUUGGGCUUUUAUGCCUUUAUUAGAGCGAGAGAGAGAGACGGGUGAGAAAAACAAGGGAAAUUAUCUUUGUCUGGAGUUGAACCCAUGUCCCUGGCAUGACAACAGGGUGCCUUAGUCGUUUUAGCCAUCACCUUGACAACUUCAAAUUAGAACUUCUGCAUUGAUUUUGCCAGCCAGGUAUUAAAAACCUUUGAUUUGAUUGAUCAUUGAUUAUGCUGUGCCUCACAUCACAAGUUCAGAAGCCAGAGGAAAGGAUGGAAGGAACUAGGAUGAUUUACACCCCUUUUCUCAGCUGCCACCCCCUCCUCCUCUUCCCCUGAGUGCGUUCCAAUAUGCAACCUUGCUUCCUCCACUUGUGCUUGUGGCCUCGUACCAGAAAGUAAUAUGUCAUGAUGACAUCACUGACAACAGCAUUAUAUUUGAUUAUCUUGCAAGAGCUCAACUGUAAAGUCUUUUUCUCAUUUGCAAUUGGGGUCCCCCAAAAGUUGUUGUGGCUAGGCUGACAGCUGAGAAACUUUAUUGUUUUCUCCACGGAGGAGGGGCCAGGAGGCGGGGCGAGGCCACAAGCACAAGUGGAGGAAGCAAGGUCGCAUAUUGGAAUGCACACCCUGUGUGGAGUGGGUGCUGUAGUCACCUGUUGAAGUAAUGGCCGCUCAUCAAGUCUGUGGGCAAUGCAUCUACCUAAUGUACACUUUUCUUCAUAUCACGUUUUCAUAUGUUUUAAUGCUGAAGUCGUUUUUUUGUUCUUUCUUUUGAGGUGUGAAUAGUAUAUUCAAGGAUCUUCACACACACACACACACACACACGCAAAAGUAAUCUGCUCUAUGAUACUGUAUUGUGACAUUUGGAGAUGCCACAGAUGUCUAUAAUGAAGAAAAUUCAGAAUGAAUCUAAUGAUGAUGUCUUGAUAAUUCAGUUGUCAGCUUUGUUUAAAAAAAGAAUAUACAUAUAUGGUUAUGUACAAUUUUGCGAGUUUUGUCUGGGAUGUGCUGUAGGCUGAGACGUGUAAAUAUGCUGCCUCGUGUUCAGCUCAAGACAAGAGACUCUUAUUUUGAAGCACUGUGGUGAUGCUGAAAUUGUAAUACUAACAACGAAUUGUUUUUAUUUUGUAUUGUAUUUCUUUUUGUCUUUUGAUUUGCCUAAAUGUGCAGAGUAAAUAUUGAAUGGAUACAAUGAA